AUGUAGAUCAGUCUACUAUAGAAAGACAUUAAUAUUUAAGCCAGGAAAGGGCAAACUUAUAGUAUUUGGGAUUACUAUCAAAAAAUAAAUGAAUUCGAUAGAGUAGGCUUAGACAGUUUUUCUUUUGAUACUGGAGUUUUACCAAUUAGAACACUUCCAAUAGUAGUAUAAAAUGACGAAUAAAAACUUUUUCAUUUGAUGACUCUGCUAAACUAGUUUAAAUUGAUUUGUACUCAAAGUAGAUUGCCUAUGAGAUGUUGUAAAUCGCGUAAGAACUUUGGUAUAUUUUAUGAUCCUAUCUUUGGAUCCCAUUAUUAGAUGACUAAAAUUCUCUAGAGUACAUUUGAUGGAGAGUAAUUCUAUUUGGAAACAACAGAUAAAAAGUCAAAAUUGGAUUGUAUGCUUUUUACAGGGAACAGUCUUAAAAGAAAUGAUGCUGAUCCUAAUGCCACUUACAAGAGAUUUCCAACAUUUAUCCUCUGUAGUCCUAAUGCUAUGGUCUACUAGCAUAUGGUCAAUUAGCCCCAUGCAUUUUAUCUCAGAUACUUUCUAAAUAAAUCUAUAAAUAUUCUAACUUGGAACUAUCGAGGAUAUGGAUUGAGUACCGGACAGCCAUCUCUAAGAAAUAUCAACUAGGAUGCUGAAUAAAUACUUAACUAUCUAAAAAACUAAAUGGGAAUUACAGGUAAAUUUGGUGUUUAUGGAAGAUCAUUAGGAGGCAUUCCUACUUCAUACUUACAAAGCUAAGUAGACUUUAUUUAUGCUGAUAGAACUUUAAGUAAUUUUGAUUUAGUCGCAGAGAGAAAAUUUUACUCAGUAUUGGCGAAAUUUCUAUUUAAAGUGGGUAGUUGGGGAUGGACAAUGCAUAGUGAGAAAAAUUUCUUGUAGAAAUCGAAUUAAGCCAAGAAAUGCUACAAGGUAUUACUGGCUGAUGAAAGAGACGAUGUGAUUGAUAUUAAUUCUUCGCUGAUGAUAGGUAUAGCGAAGGAGUUAUUGUUAAGAUCAAAUGCACAAUUUAAGUUUCUUAUGAAUAAUAGAGGCUUAAAAAUGAAGCAAUUUAUUAAAUCAUUGAGAUUCAUUGUAGAUCUUGAAUAUUUUUUAAGCUAGACAAUUGAUUAUUAAAGUAUCAAUCAAUAUGAUAAAAGUUUGUCAGAAACUGUAGCCAAUAAUGACAAUGAAAAUUUAAAACAAUCUAGCCUAUCCUCUUCAGUGAUAACAUAAUGCAAGAUAUCACCUCAAGAUAAUAAAGAUCAUGAUGCUGAAGUUAAGAUUUAAUAUGUUUCCGACAUGAAUUAAAUCAAAAUUAAGUUUAAGGAGAAUAGUGACACUAAAAUGAAUCAUUAAAAUAUCAAUAACUUACUGUAUCUCCUUUAAAUUUAGGAUGAUAAGGAUUUAAUAGAAAUAGAUGAUUUCUAUAUAGAGGUAUAUAUGAUGCUAUCAAAUGUCAUUAAUUAAUUUAGCAGAAUGUAGGCUGGAUGCUACACUUUUAGUGAUAAUUAAUUGAUAAACAGAGAAGAGGCAGGAAAUGUAAUAAGGGUAAAUUGCGGUCAUACAGGUAUUCCAAGUUUAUUCGAAGUAACUCAGAUGGAUGCUCAUCUUUAAAAUUCUUAAUUCACUAUGGAUAUGAUUCACAAAAUAAAUUGA